AUGGAGCAGUGGACGCCCUCGGGCGUGAUCAAUGUGUGCGAACUCUGGGUGUUUACUGUGGCUGUCGUACUCCUAGGCACUCGGCUUCAUGCGCUACGUCGGUUGUAUCUGGGGAGCACGAUCAUCCGACCAGAGGUGGUCAACGAGUACGCUUUCUGGAGGCAGUACAAGUAUGCGCGCUGGUUUUUCUUGGCCGUGGGAGGCGCAGGUCUGCUCAGUAAUAAGCUAUGGAACAAGGACCUCCAAGUCCUGUAUAUUCCCUUUGCCUUGCAAGCGGCAUGGCUGUACCACGAGCACAGCCACCCCAAAUUCGCCCUAGAGGUGCGCUGGACAUGCAUUUGCACACUCUUUACAGUGACCGCGUGCUUCUUUGUUGGCGAGCUGUUUCGCUUUGCGUUUGGCGAGCACUUUACGCCUGUGCUGUGGGUAAAUGUGGUGCUGCUAGGCCUCUUGUCCGGGACCAUUGGCUUGCUUCCCGGCAUUCCGCGGCAUGUGGCCGUGCAGGGCACUGCCGUCAAAGUGGCCCUUCGCGAAGAUGAGCCGCAGGAAGGUUCGGACGCCGACGAGGCUCAGAGCCAGUCGCUCGAGAUGGCACCGACCGCACCGAUGAGCAACUCAGUAUUGGGCGCACUCUUCUUCCUUCACGUCGGGACUCUUGUGCGCACAGUCAGGCGCAGCGGACGCUUAGCAUCGAGGGAUGUACCACUGCUGGGCCCAAACAUGCAAGCAGAGACACUCAGCCGCCAUAUUCACAGCCUCCUGCACAAGCCCAAGUGGAUGCGGAGGCGCGUGGUGCGUCCGAACGCCUUCGAAUCGACGCCGCUGCUCACUGCGCCUGGGGCAUCCAAUGCUCGGCACCGGGGCCUGCGCCUUGUGUGGGUGUUGAUGCGUGCGAAUGCGCUGCAUUUCGGCUUCUUAAUAUCACUCACGCUCUUGGCGAUCGGGACGUACUAUGCGCCGGCUUUCUUUGCGAACCGCAUUUUCAAGGCGCUGGACGAAAGUGUAGGCGUGGAUGAUACGCAGGUGGACACGCUCUACCGGUGUCUGCCGUGGGUUCUGGGCCUGUUCUGCACCGUGAUCGUCAGCAGCACUAUCCAAGGUGCGCUGUGGAGCCGCAUGGAGGGCACACUGACCGUGUCAUUAUCGUCCCAACUCUCGAUGCUGCUAUUCAACAAAACACUGCGUCGUCGCUUGGGAGCGCGUGCUGAGGCCGACGGAAAAGGAGACAGCCAAGUGCUCACACUGCACCUGGUCGACCUCGGGCGCAUCACGGCCGUGUGCUUCCACCUUUUCGCCGCGCUUACGACACCCUGCGAGUUGCUGCUGGGUGGCUACUUUGCGUACCGUGUGCUAGGAAUCAGUGCGCUCGUUGGCCUCGGCACCACGGUCGUUCUCAUGCCGCUGAUCGGCUCGCUGAGUAGGGCGUACAGUCGCGCCAACGAGCGCCUGAUGAGUGUGCGUGACCGGCGCAUGGGCUUGCUCAAUGAGUGUUUCUUCGGCAUCCGCAUGAUCAAGGCCCAGGCGUGGGAGCCAAUGUUUGAUGGCAAGAUUAACCAUACACGCACGGAUGAGAUCCGCGAGCUGCGCUGGUCGUUUGUGUUUGAGUCGCUGCUCUCGGUGGUGCUCGAGCUGAACCCGCUGCUUGUCACCCUCGUCGCGUUUACCUUUUACACGCAGGUGCUGCACGAGACGCUGACGCCCCAAGUGGCGUUUACGUCGUUGGCCGUCUUUAAUGAGCUGCGCUGGACAAUCAUCAUGCUGCCACGCGCCGUCACCAGCUUUGCGCAGACACUUGUCUCGGCUGGGCGAAUGGCCGAGUACCUCGACAGUCCCGAAGUGUCGCCGCCUGCGCGCACGCUGCGCGCAUCGCCCGCAUCGCCGGCGACAGUGCGCCUCGACAAGGCAACUGUGGCAUGGCCACUCACAGGCCAAGGAUCGUCGUUUGUGCUGCGCAAUAUCAGCGUCGAGUUUCCCGUGGGCCGCACGCUCCUCUGUGGCCGAGUGGGGUGCGGCAAGACGUUGCUACUUCACGCACUACUACACGAGGCCGAGGUCCUGCAUGGUACCGUGCAAUGUCCGCGCUCGCCAAGUAUCAGUGUGCCGGCCGAGGCCGAGAGCCUGACAGAAGCGCAGCGCGCGCUUGGCACGGACGCGUGGCUGCACCCUGAUAUGGUCGCCUACGCGCCGCAGCAGCCAUUCCUAAUGAAUACGACUAUCCGCGACAAUAUCCUCUUUGGACUGCCGCUCGGCAACGCGACGCGCUACCAGGCCGUCCUCAAAGCAUGCGCUCUUACAAACGAUCUCGAGCAGUGGGAGCAUGGCGACCUUACUAUUGUUGGCGAGAACGGCACGGAGCUGUCCGGCGGCCAAAAGGCGCGCAUUGGCCUCGCGCGCGCUGUCUACUCACGAGCGACAGUUGUCUUGCUCGAUGAUGUGCUCUCCGCGGUGGAUACGGGCACGGCGCGGUACCUUACGACGCACUUGCUGGCUGGCCCGCUGCUGGACCAGCGUAUCGUCCUUCUCGUCUCACACAAUGUCGCGCAGGUGGGCCAAGUCGUGGAUCAAGUCGUGUAUAUGGAGCCAGGACGCGUGGCCUUCCACGGCACGCCUUCGGCGUUCUUCGAGUCGCCGCACUACUCGGGUUGGCAGACGGCAGAGAAGGAGGAGCGGAACGAGCCUGCCUCGGAGCCACACGAACCGCCGCUCUCGACGACCGAGGCGAAGCGCGUGCUCGAGCACCGCGAGACGGGCAGCAUUGCAUGGAAGGUAUGGAGUGCGUACGUGGCAGCCAGCAGUGGGUGGUCCCUGUGCCUGCUGACGAUGCUGCUUUUCGCGCUGGCGAACCUGUGGGACCUGGUCACGAAUGCAUGGGUGCGCGACUGGAGUGCGAGUGGUGGGCGUGGCCACUCGAGCGCCUGGUGGCUCGAGCGGUAUGCGGGCCUGGUACUGGUCGGCGUGGUGUUUGGCGUCCUUCGCUGGGUCGGCAUUUACACCAUGUCGCUGCGCGCGUCGCGUACGCUGUUUGGCCGGAUGCUGUGGCGCACAAUGCACGCGCCGAUGCGCUUCUUUGAUCGGACGACGCGUGGGCGCCUACUCAACCGCUUUGGGCAGGAUAUGGAAGUGAUUGACGCGACGUUUGCGCGCGCGAUUGCAGACGUGGUGAUCCGUGUCACGCAGCUGCUGGCCACGUCGAUUGCGCUGUACAUGGUCGGCGGCAUCCUAUUCGUGCUUGUGCUCCUCGCGCUCCUGCCGCUCUACGGCUGGGUCGCUUGUCGGUACAUGGGCGUGGCGCGCGACCUGCAGCGUCUCACUUCGACCUCACGCUCUCUUGUGGUCCAUGCGUUCAGUCAUACGGUGCAAGGCGUGCAAGUGAUCCGUGCAUUCGGUGCGCAAGAGCGCUUCACUGACGAUAUGCUCGGCCUGCUCGAUAACUACAACCGGUUCGUGUGGUGGACUGCCCAGGGCAGCCGCUGGUUGAGCCAAAUGUUCAACCUGAUAAGCUCGAUGCUCGUGCUCAUUUCGUGUGUGCUCGUACUGCUUGCGCCACACACCGAGCCGGCGUCCGUGGACUUUUCGCUGACGUUCCUCAUCGACUUGAACUUUGUGCUGUUGAUCCUCAUGCGCAUGUACACAGCGCUGCAGACGAGCGCCGUCUCCGUGGAGCGCGUGUUUGAGUUCGCAGCAUCGAUCGAGCAGGAGCCUGAGGCGCCGCAGGCUCUUGUGCCCUCUGCGGCGUGGCCUGAGCACGGUCAUAUCCAGGUCGAGAAUCUGCGCCUGCGGUACGCGCCAGACCGCCCCGAUGUACUCAAAGGUGUGUCGUUCGAGGUGCCGCGUGCCUCCAAGCUCGCGAUCGUCGGUCCCACCGGCAGCGGCAAGUCGACGCUGAUGAGCGCGUUCCUGCGCUUUUUGGAGCCGGCCGCCGGGCGCAUCGUCAUGGACGGAUGCGACAUUGGCGAGCUCGCUCUGCAUGACCUGCGUUCGCGCCUGCAGAUUGUGCCCCAAGACCCAGUCAUAUUGUCCGGCCCACUACGCAGUGUGCUGGACGUGGCCGGUGAAUUUGACGAUGCACAGCUCCUCGAAAGCCUGCGUGCCGUGCACCUCAUCACUGACGACUCAAUGGCGAUGGAGGACCUCUCCAUGCCGAUCGCCGAGAAUGGGGCGAACCUGAGCCAGGGGCAGCGGCAGUUGCUGUGCCUUGCGCGGGCCCUCUUGCGCAAGUCACGCGUUGUGCUCUUCGACGAGGCGUCGAGCUCCAUCGACUACACGACGGACCUCCAGAUCACCGAGGUCAUCCAGGAGGCUUUCCGUGACAGCACAGUCAUUACCAUUGCACACCGCCUGCGCUCGGUCAUUGCGUACGAUCGUGUAUUGUACCUGGAAGACGGACAGGUGGCCGAGUGGGGCGAGCCCGCCGAGCUUUUGCGCAACCCCAAGUCCAAGUUCUAUACACUAUGUCAACACGCGGGCGCACCAGAGUUCCAGGCUCUCGUGCAAGCCGCGGAGGAUGCCGCGCUGCGUCGUCGCUCAUAG